AUGGCCGUUUCCGCAUUCCUUGUCAGUGCCCUGCUUACAUAUAGCGCCAUUGUUAGUGCUCAGGACGCCAGCGUACACGACUUCUUGGUUUUCGGUGGUAGUAUAAAGUGGCACAAUUCGGACGCCUCAGUGAAAGAUUUCGUUUCUCAACUCAAAGUCCACGUCUAUAGCAUCCCUGACGAAACGCUUCGCCAAGUUGUGCCCGUAUUACCCAAUGGAGCCUAUUCCGUUGUUGUCACUAGUAAGGGCAGAUAUCGCCUUCGCCUUUCCGCACCUCAAGGAUGGAAUUUCCUUCCAAUUGGAGGCCACGAAAUCGACUUAAAUGUUGACGAUCAACGAAACCGCAUGAACUACGUAUUUGAGCUCGCUGGCUUUGAUGUUAGCGGGCAAGUUGUCACUACUGGAAUGACCACUGGACCUCCCGAUCUUAUCGUCUCAAUUUUCUCCGGCAACACUGUCCUUGUGCAAACCAAAACCGCGGCUGAUGGUGCCUUUACGCUGUCAUCAGUGCCGCCCGGCAAUUAUGUCGUCGUGGUUGGCGAUCACGUCUCAGCUGGCGGAUUAAAUGAUGCACGCGCCAGCGCAAGCAUUACUGUCUCAACUUCUAGCUUAAAAAUCGCAACUCCUCUUGUGCUUCAGGGUCAUUCACUACGCUCCAAGGUGACAUUUAACGGUAAAGGGAUUGCAAACAUUCCUGUCCUGCUCUUAGUCCCAUCAUCGAGCGAAUUAACCGUAACUGACCUUGAGAAAUUCGGUUGUUCAAAGCCCUCGAAGCUUCCUGAUCAUGUAGUUCCUGCAGACCUGGAGGGUAAAGUUAAUCCGAAAGUGGCAUGUCAGGUCGUUAGCUCUGCUGAUGGCUCCUUCGCUUUCUCGCGAUUGGCUGGUGGUCAGUACUUUUUGGUGGCCUAUCACGACUCCUCCCUUGGAAUUCAAUCUAAACACUUGACAAUAAGCCCCUCCUUUUUGUCUGUAAACAUGGAGCACGUUGAUCGCCAACUUGAUCCCGGUUUUGUGGUGGAUAGUUUCAGAGUUGUCGGUGGGGGUGUUAAACACGCCUCAGGAACUCCAAUCCCGAAUGCCGAGGUUUUAGUCGGCGGAACCUCUGUAACUAAAACCGACUCAAGCGGUGCUUUCCAGUUAGACGUUUCUGCUCCCAGUGACUACACACUUCAAAUUAGUACACCCAGGAUGAAGUUCAACCCAGUCAAAGUACCUCUAACACUCGCCACGGUGACUUUACCCACAUUCAUUCCAAAAGAGGUUGAAGUCUGCGGUCGAUUCCUCAUGCCUAGCGGCUUAAAACCAAACGCUCGUCUGCCUACCGUUGAGGUAACAACCGGCCCCUCGGUUGAAGCUGCCAUCUCCAAGGAUGGCAAGUCUGCCACAUUUUGCUUCUUCCUCAGUCCCGGAAAACACGUUCUCCGCUUAGCCAAGUCGUCCACCUCUGUCAAAUUCACGCCAGCCACUUUGAACGUGGACCUAUCCUCUGGACCAGUAAAGGACUUGGUUUUCACACAAUUUCAAGCCUCAGCAGUCGGCGAGGUGUUGUGCGCGCACAAAUGCCCUGUCUCGCAAUUGGCCGUACGACUUUCUUCCAAAGAUGCACUCGAACCACCACUCCUAGCUCACGUCAAGGCUGUCGAGCAAGACGCUGGACGGGCGACGUUCUCAUUCACCUCGCUCCUCCCUGGAACGUACAGUCUCGAAUUGGUUGUCAGUGAUGAGAUGCGACCCGCUAGCGGUUGGUGUUGGGCGUCGCCGGGUCUUCGUCGUCGUUUCACCAUCAUCGAUCGUGAUCUCCACCAAAGCCCCGAGUUAGUCUUUCGACAGACUGGUUACAGACUCCACGUGGAGGCGCCGCUACUGGAUACGGGUUUUGGAAAGUCCAUUGAAUUCAAGGUUAUGUCAUCGGGCACAACGAAUGUCACCUUAGCAACUAGCAAGGCCUCCUUCUAUCAACUCACUAAACCCCUCUCUACAAUAUGCCUUCCUGCCGAUUCUCAGUCACUGGUCUUUGAAGCGACUGCUCCGUGCCUUCACCUUGGUGCUCCGUCACCCAGAUCCAUUCAGUCGGCCGCCUCAGAAAUCACCAUUGCUGGCGCCCCGACCACAAUCAGCAUUCCUGUCCGAGAGGUUCCCGUGCAAGCGAUCGUUGAACGAUUUGGAGGGUUUACUGGUGGCAUAAGGUUACCCCAACUCCUCGUGCAAGCUCGCAUUUCUGAUGCCGUCACAAAUCUGUCUGCCACCUGGCAAACGGAGGGUGAUCUUCACGUAGCUCGAGCAGGGCUGUGGGCAGCACCUGGCGACGAAGUUGUCUUUUCUGUGGCUUCCACAGAAUCCUCGUCGGACGGCGACGCUGCCAUCCACCCUCUCAUCCUGCCACCCACAUUCACACUCCGUGUACCUCUGGCUCUGCAACGCCUGGAUCAGUCGACUUACCAGAGUGCUGAAUCGUCGGCCAGCCCCACCUCGUCCAAGCCGGACGAAACAAACUGUGAUGCCGCGCUGGCCGCAGCCUUCGGUGGCUCCGAGCAUCUCACUGCCCGAUUCUCCAUGAAACCGGGAUUCACUUUCACGGGCAAAGUCGAUCCCCCAGUGGACAAGGUUCUCGUGAAUGUCUACGCAGACGCGUCUAUUGUCUCCGCUCCACCCCCCAACAACGCAAUAGACGUCGCCACCUUCACGGAAGCUCAAUUGAACGCUCCUCCACCAAGCCCGGGUCUGACGUUAGUUUCCCGAGGCCUCACUGACCCCCAGGGUGUCUUCCGAAUUGGUCCCUUCUACUUCAAUCCGCAGCCCACAGGGGCAACGCCAGGCUCCCUCUUAACCCUACACCUGCACAAACUCGGUUUCGAGUUCCACCCGAAAGCCUCAGGUGAUUGGUUGACUUUCUCGUCGCAGAAGCUGGCACUUGUCGAGAUCCGCGCGGUGUCGGAAGACGGGCUGCAGCCAUUGCCAGGAACCCUAAUUUCCAUUAUCGGCAGUACACUGCGCGACAGCAAGACAACAGAUGCCAGUGGAUUUGUUCAAUACAUCGGUCUUCCUCCGGGUGAAUACUACAUCCAACCGACUUUGAAGGAAUACGAGUUCUUUGUUAGGAAGAGCGGUGGAACUGAACUUGGAGCGCUCAUGGAACACGCGUUAAGCGUCGUAGACGGUGGAUCUUUGAGCGUGGGCCUCAUUGGCCGGAGAAUCGCCUACUCCCUUUUCGGCAAGGUCACCUCCCUAUCUGGCCAUCCGGAGCCCGAUGUGGUCAUCGAAGCUAAACUCCUGUCCGUUGAGGCUGCCAACGCCCUUGGUAGUCGUCCAACAUUCCCUUCGCAGUACUCAAACUCGUCGACUGCUUGUCGUGGACACUCUAAGGACUCCAGUGUAGUCAUUCCCGUUGAACAGGCAACCACAGGCGCGAAUGGCCAGUUCAAGCUGCUUGGACUACUUCCAGGUUGUCCCUACUCCGUGACGGCGACACGUCGAGACGAUGCAAUCGGUCAGCGGGUGUCACAGUCCGUUCCCAGUGCGGCGAUUGUCAAAACAUCGCGCGAGGAUGUCCACGGCCUGCACUUCUACCUCAAACCCCGCGUUCUAAUGGGCAUGAUAACCGCCACCGUGGACACUACGGAUGAGUACUUGCCGUCACUGAGCGUCGUCGUGUACCCCGUAAAUCAGCCAAACCGGCAUGUGAUUCGACACAGCUUCGCCACCGACUCGCGCUUCUUUAUGCUCACCGGAAAACAGAUCGAACAGCUUGUGGGCGACACUUAUACGAUCGCACUGGAGACCAACCUUGGUCACGAUACGCGUCAUCGUGCGACCAAUGAGAAGUUUACCUUCAAGGUCACUGAGGAGUCGAGCGGGGCGCACCAGCACUUCAAUUUCGCCUUCCGGCCUCAUCCCGAGUUCACGUCGGCUGUCACCCGAGUGUGA